AUGGCUGCUAUCGCGACUCCGUCCACGCCCAAAGCCUCUCCGAAUGUCGAUGGGCAAACGCCGGGGAAGUGGCGCCAUCCGCGUCUCCAUGAAAUCAUUCGGCGACAAAACGCCGCGACAUUCGACGGCAGUAAUGUCAAGACGAUUGCUCUCAAUACCAGUGCUAUCGUCCUCACAUUAGUGGCGGAGAGCCCCCUGGCAUCAUAUGCACACGGUCUCGACGCGCUUGCGAGCAUAGCAGCAUACACAGGCCUUCUAUUCGUAGUCCUUCGCCUAUUAUUUUUCGUCAACAUACUCACCGCCCUAUAUCCCCUCUUUCGUCCGAAGGACGACCUAUCCGAUAUUCCUUUGACGCCUACGCAACGCGCACUCCUAGGUCUUGAUCCCAGUUCGACACCACCCGUGACACCUGGAACACAGUACCUCACACCGCCGAGGUACCGAUUAGCCUCUGGGUCGCGAGCAGGCAGCCCGUCGAGCCGAAGCACAUCGCCUGUGCCAGGAACCGGCAGUCCUACACCGCGCAGCGCGUCGUAUUCGCCUACGCCUACAAGUCCUCUUUUCCAGAAAGCGUUUGCCAAUGGGAAUCGGGAAAGUGGUCGUCGGCAAAGCUUUGGGUCGUCUUCGUUCAACUCUUCUCUCAACUCUUCUCUAAGAGAAUCGACGCUAUCGGCGCUCCCCUCUACUCCGUCUCCCUUGGCUAACAAGGGAAACAAGCUGGGAUUGAGCAACAAAUGGCUAUACGAGAAGAGCCGCAGACAUUCGGGGGGAACCAAUCUGAUUUGA